AUGACAGGACAGUUGACCUGGCUUGUGACCGGAUGCUCCUCUGGCCUAGGUGAAGCCUUUGUCCGAGCUAUUCUUGCUAAGGGUGAUCGUGUUAUUGCAACCGCGCGUCCAAGUAAUGGAACUUCUGGGACAGACCGACUCACUUCACUUAAAGAAGCCGGUGCGGUUACUUUAGAGCUUGACGUGCUAGCUUCACAGGAGGAUCUUAAUGCCAAAGCCCGCGAGGCGUGGGAAAUAUACGGCCAAGUUGAUGUUCUAAUUAAUAACGCUGGCUAUGUUGAAGCAGGAAUUUUCGAAGAACUUGACGAGGAAACCAUUACAAAUUCCCUGAGGACCAAUAUCCUAGGCCCACUUAAUGUCACCAGAGCAUUCAUCCCCUUAAUGCGAGCCGCUAAAACUGGUACCCUUCUCUUCGUCGGCUCAGUCGGCAUUUACUACGGUGCUCCAGGUGCGAACUGCUACACAGGUGGAAAGGGCUUACUAGAAGGGAUCGUGCCAAAUCUCGCGGUAGAAGUCGCAUCCUUUGGCAUUCGGACAUCCAUCUUAGUAUUCGGACACUUCCGUACCGAGCUCAUGAACCCUGAAAACACCAAAUUCAGAGCCCCCAACCUCCAGCCAGAGUAUGAUGAGCUCAACAAGCUUAUCAAAGCUGGUCUUGGUGCUCAAAAUGGGACCCAGCCGGGUAACCCUACUAAGGCUUGCGAGCUUGUUGUCGAAGCGGUGAGAGGUGAAGGGAGGUGUGCAGGUAAAGAGCUGCCUUUGAGAUUGCCGGUUGGUGCGGAUGCAUUUGGUUUUAUCAGGGAUAACUGUACAGAGAGAUUAAAGUUGUGCGAUGAGUGGGAUGGCAUCACAUCGCAAACUAACUUUGAUUGA